GCAGGUACUGUGUAGUGACCAAUCCUGCAAAGUCAAACCAAACACCCGGAUGAGCUCGAAGGGGAAGAACUCCUUCCUGAAGCCGGGCGCGCGCCAUAUCUGGUGGAGCUUGCCGACGGCGACGGCGAUGAGGGACCCGCAGGGGCUGAAGGCCACGGCUUUCACGGCGUUCUUGAAGGAGAUCCGGUGGAGGACCACCUGCCGGUGGAGAUUCACGAGGAGGCACCGGCUGUUGCCGUCGACGAUCAGGAGGAACACGCCGUCCGGGGAGGCCGCCAGGCGGCAGAUGUCAGAGGAGGACUGCACCGUGAGGGUUAGUGUUUGGAACUUGACGAGGUCGGUAAUGCUCACGCGGUUACCAACCGGUGAGAUUAGCAGGUUGUUUUUAGUGAUCACCACGUUGCCUCCUCGGUAGGGGGCUCCCAGCAGGUUUUGAAACCGGUAGUUCAUCGCUUGAAUCAAAGCGCAAUCUGGUCGCCGCCCCGUUGUCAUCUCCGGCGAAGUCUCUGGAAACGCAAGUAAGCAUUCAAUUUUUUAAUAGUGUUUGGUUGUGUUCACAUACUAUUUGUUUGGUGAGAAAAUAGUGAAAUCAGAAAAAGAAAUAGGGUUUAUUUCUCUAUUUUCAUUUUUUUAUUUUCUUUUAUUUUUUUUAUAUGAAUUGGCACUGUAGGGUAAUUUGAUGGUCACUUGAGGGUUUGUUUAUGGACAUGAAUGAUGAUAGGUUUUGUGGAAGUUAAUUUUUUUUUGUUAUAAUUCUUUACUUCUACAUUUUCUAAGCAAUCAAAGAAAUAAUUUUGGCUUUUUGGGAGAAUUUGAUUAUGGUAACUGGGUUUUAAUCAUUUUAGCAAUACAACUUGUCUUUAAUUUAGUUGUACUAAGUUAUAUCUAGUAUGUCUAAAGUUCACCAUAUGGAAUGACAGAAAUUACUUUUGGAGAAAAGUUUUAGAUCACUAUUUGCAUCAUCUUUGUGUUCAAUUUUUAUCUCUUCUGGGAUGAUCAUCCUUAGCAACCAUGAAAUUGGAAGAACGUGACUGAAUUGCCUGAUAAGGAUCUUUCAUAUGCAUCAUGAGAGAAGGUAAUCUAUCCUUGUCAAUUCUUUUAAGAUUUUGUGCAGUAGAGUAAUUUGAGUAUUGAAAUGUAGGAGGCCAAUUAUCACCAACACAGUACACGUAGAGAUCUUCAUUUUGAACCUGAUAUAGCCAGCAAGAGUGUAGCUACUGGAAAUAUGGCAAAUUCAAGGGAUAGCCUACGAAACUUGAAGAAUGUGGCUGUGCCUCAUGGCAAGAGAAGAACAAUCUCCAACACUUGGGAGUCAGUCAGAUAUGCUGGGUCCAUAAAUUCCCAGUUCCCUUUCUGCCCCUUUGAAGAGGUUAGAUCCACUCAGACUAGUGGAAAUUCUGCAGUAUUGUUUCCCCUUCCUUCUGGUAUUGGUUUGCAUGUAAAUAGCAUCGGCAGAUCUGUUGUCUUGGACUCGGAUAUGUUUGCAAGCAAGAAUUCAACUGGGUACCUGAGUUCACAAGAUAAGCUAGUGCCUGAGGACCCAAAUAGUAUCUCAAUUUCAGCUGUAGCUAGGCCAAUGUUUUCUCAUGCAGAUGUAGAUCAGCAGGAAAGUCAAGCUGGUGUGGCAGCCACUUAUGCCAUUAAUAGUCUGAAUCCCCCAUGUGGUUCUUUUUCUUUGACACAAAUUGAGCAGCAGGUGGCUUCUGGUGAGGGGAGAAUGUCCACUUCACAAAAUGCUGACAGUGUGGAGUCGUCGAACCAAGUAAGCCGCACAAGGAAAAGGAAAAGGGCAGCAAACAAACGUGAGAGUGAUGGCUGCACACGAUGUCAUUGUAGGAAGUCCGAAUGCUUGAAACUUUAUUGUAAGUGCUUUGCAGCUGGACUUUAUUGCGUGGAUUGUUGUUCAUGUGAAAGCUGUCUUAACAAACCUGAAUAUGAUGACUUGGUUCUUGAUACACGGCAGCAAAUUGAAUCUCGUAAUCCUCUUGCAUUUACUCCAAAGAUUAUUACGCAUGCCACUGACUCUCCUAAAAAUGUUAUGGAAGAAGGGAACCAGAAUACUCCAUCUUCAGCCAGGCACAAAAGAGGAUGCAAUUGCAGGAAGUCAGAGUGUUUUAAAAGAUAUUGUGAAUGUUAUCAGGCUAAAGUCGGAUGCUCCGAUGGAUGUCGAUGCCAGGGUUGCCAAAAUUCUUUUGGGAAGAAGACAGCAUAUAGGAGAGCUGAAAGAUGUGAUAAACCCUCUUAUGAGAAGCUGGAGGUUGCAGAGGGUGGAAAUGAUGCGAGUAUGGAGCAUUUCUCACCAACAUGGGAAGGACCUCCUGAGUUCGACGGUAUCUUUGAUGAUUUAAAGGGGGAGAUUGAUAUAACUGCCAUGCUCAAGGACGCGGUGAAAGCUAGCUCCCCAAACCACAGAGACAAAAAAUAAAGUUUGCAGGCUGUGCCUUCUUUCCCUUCUCUUACCCCAUACAAUAAUUUUGGUAUUGCUGUAAAUAGAAGAGGUUUUGUCUCCUAUUAAUGACAGUAGCCAUAAUAAUGUUUGACUAUAACAUGCUUGCGGCUUUAAUUUUUAAUUUUUAAGACUCAUGAAUAAACUGGUAAUAUUUGACUUGUGCCA